AUGACGAUCACUACGCCGAAGACUACUACAGAAACUAGAACAUCAUCUUCCACGCUUGUAUCGACUUCAACCAGUUCAUCAUUGUCCGCCACACCUAGCACUACCGGCGUUGACAUUUCCCCUGACGGCACCUGUGGAAACAAAGCUGAGCAGGAAAUUGACCUUUAUGUCCCAGUGCUUCGACAAGUGAUUACUGCGGAAAAUAUCUCUCCCAACGGCCUCUGCGGAGCAGCUCACGAUGAUUAUACCUGUUUAGGAUCGCAGUUUGGAAGCUGCAGCAGUAUUUACGGUUACUGUUGCUCAAGCACAAACUAA